AUGACCGACGGCACUGGGUCGGGCAGUAACAGCCGGUCGAAUCAGUUUGGGGGUGGUAAUGUGCCUCGACGAUUGUCGUAUGCUUCUGUUGCCUCAGGCGCAACUGCUCAAACGCUUCACCACCCGAGUCGAUCGGGUGCGUUUUCACAUCUCGUUUCCUCGACACCCAGCAGCUCGUACCCUCCUCAGUAUCAACCAGAGCAACAAUAUCAAAGACGACAUUCGGAGCAAGACCAAGAGAGUCUCGGAGUCAACCACUGGCGGAAGCCAACACCCCUACCUUCAUAUUCACGAAAGUUUGCCAAUCUACCCAAUCUCGGCACGAAUGCGAUGUCUCCCAAUCCGUUCUUCAUCCCCUCUUAUCUACGACAUUCUCGAUACAUGGCAAAGUUGGAGGCAGCCCACAAGGCCAAGGUGAAGAAAGAGCGUGAACAGCCAUCUGGAGGACCGUCCGCCCUCACCUCAUUCUCCACAAGUGUUGGAAAUACAAGACUAGCGCCUUCGCAUCGUGGCAUGACCUACGAUAUCAUCGAAAGCAAUCCCCCUAAAGAAGAAGAGGUGUUACCUCCGCUGCCUUCCAGAUGGAGCGAGCAUGACAAAUACCCAGGUUUGGAUAUAAUCGAUGGUCAAGACCUGAAAUACAGCGGAUCUGCAAGCAAGGCCGAGCUUGAAGCAGCGUCUGUUAGAACAGAUCAUGCAAUGCCCCUUGCGUGUGGGAUAUACUAUUUUGAGGUGGAAAUCAAACAGAAGAGCAAGGACACAGCGAUCGCCGUUGGGUUUUCCACAAGUGAAGCCUCACUUGAGCGGUUACCGGGCUGGGAGACACAAUCCUGGGGAUAUCAUGGGGAUGAUGGAAAGAUGUUUUUUGGGGAGCAUUCAGGCCGUAGCUACGGCCCAACCUUUGGCACAGGCGAUGUCAUUGGGUGUGGAAUCAACUUCAACACUUGUCAGGCCUUCUUCACCAAGAAUGGACAGGACCUCGGUGUAUGUUUCCGGGAACUCAAAAAGGACGUGAAACUGUACCCCACGAUUGGCAUGAAAAAGCACUCUGGCGCAUUAUUGGCAGGCAACUUCGGUCAGCGGCCUUUUGUCUUUGACAUCGAUGAUAAGAUGCUGUCUGAAAAGGCGAACGUGUCAAGAGAGAUUGCAAAGGCCAAAAUCACGUCGUUACGGCCGCAACGGGACGAGAACACCCUCAUUCAGGACUUGGUGGCGCAUUUCCUAGCCCACGACGGCUAUGUUGAAACAGCCAAGGCGUUUACAGAGGAAAUGAGAAGAGAGAAGCAAUCAUUGAAUAAUGCUCUUCCUUCAAAUACGUCGACACCGCGCGAACGGGACGACACCGACGCGGUACACCGACAACGGAUACGACGUGCAAUCCUUUCUGGAGACAUCGACCAAGCUCUUGAAAUCACUCAUGCACAAUUUCCUACUGUCCUAGCAGAGAACCCCGACAUUGUUUUCCGACUAAAAUGUCGCAAAUGGAUCGAACUUAUUGGCAAGUCGACCGAACUCGAUACAUCGAAACCCUUGACUGCACAUGAACGGAAGCCUAGUACCAGACUGGAAAACGCUUCUGGAGUGGAUGAUGAUUUCGUUCAAGACAUGGAACUUGAUGAGCAGCCGAACGGUGACAGUCGGGCCAAUGGCGUGGGCAAGUCGCGGGCUAAUGACGGUGCUUUGCAACACGAUCAGCUGCUCAAUGAGGCGAUGUUGUACGGCCAAGAACUGCAUAGAGAAUUCCGGGACGAAGAUGGGGACUACGCGAAAGCAUUGCGGGAUAUUUUCAGCCUGGUGGCAUACGACGACCCUAGAGGCAGUGUGAAUGGACAUCUCUUGGAUCCCGCCGGCAGAGUCACGGUUGCAGAGGAGCUGAAUUCUGCCAUUCUAGUCUCACUUGGGCGUUCACCUUCUGCUGCCUUGGAGACAGCGUGGAAGCAGACAGAAGCCUUGAUCGAUAUCCUCAGUGAAGAAGGGGGCCCUGCUGCUUUUGUGAAUCUCAAAGCCACGUUCUCGUCUUGA